CACUCACAACGCAACAUCAAGCUCUGAGAAAGCAACCUCCUGACGAGAACACAAGAAAGCAAUUCAAUUUAGCUUGACACUACCGCUACUGCUGCUGCUGCUGAUGGCACCAAAGGAACGGACUCUUCACUGCAGGACUUCAAAUGAAUUAUAGCAACAUAACUCGCAGGAGCAAUUUAGGUCAUUAAGACCCAAACAGGUGCUGAUGUACAAAAGUUGACCUCUUCACUAUAAGGAGUAUAGAUUGACCUGCAUCAAAGGAUCCAGGAUCCUUCUGCAAAUAAUCCAACUGGAUGUCUCCACUGCAGAAGCUUUAACUGUGGUGGUACUGGCAGACUACAGAGAAACAGGGCUAUUAUGCGCCAGCUUGAAGGGACAAAAUGCAGCUUCCUCGUGUGCCUCGGGAUAAGUAUUAUUAUCUUUUCCUUCAUUUAUUUGAGGACUAGGACGCCACCUGAGUUAAAGCCUCCCCCAUCUUCAAGUUGCAAACCUUUCUCAACUGUGUGUAAAACUUUUUUGCCAGGCAUGAAGAAAGGAGUAAAUUGGUACAGCUGUGACUGCCAGGUGGAAAGCUACAUUCUAAACAGCCACCUGCCGUGCUCAAACUUGAAAAGAGAUUUACACUUUAUAACAAAACCUCUAAGUCGUGCAGAGGAGGCUUACCCUUUAGCUUUCAUUGUGACUAUUCAUAAAGAGCUGGAGCUUUUUGUCCGCCUCUUGAGGGCAAUUUACAUGCCACAAAAUGUGUACUGCAUUCACGUGGAUGCUAAGGCUCCACGGGAGUAUCGGGAGGCUGUACAGAAGCUAGUCAGCUGCUUUCCAAAUACAUUCCUCUCCAGUCACAGUGAAACUGUGACCUAUGCUGGUUUUUCUCGUUUGCAAGCAGAUCUGAAUUGCAUGAAGGAUCUAGCGAAAUCCAAGACAGACUGGAAGAAGGUGGUGAAUCUGUGUGGACAAGACUUCCCUGUUAAGAGUAACCUGGAACUGGUACAGUACAUGCAGAGCCAACAAUGGAGGGAUAAAAACAUGACACCUGGGGUCAAACAGCCGAUGUCUAUGAUGUACAGAACGCAACGCCAGUACAAGGAGAUUGUGGGGUCACAUGUAGCUCCGAAAGGGCUAGGCCUGAGGAAAAGGCCUCCUCCACACAAUCUGCAAUUAUAUUUUGGAACAGCCUACUAUGUUCUUACAAGACCUUUCGUGGACUUUGUUCUGAAAAGCCCAAUAGCGCAUGACUUCUUGGAUUGGUCCAGGGACACAUUCAGUCCAGAUGAACACUACUGGGUGACGCUCAACCAUAUCAAAGAAGCUCCAGGCAGUCGCAUUGAUGGAGGCUGGGAAGGAGCUAUCCGGGCAAUCAAAUGGCGGGAUCAAGAAGGAAGUGCACACAGUGGUUGCAAAGGGCAUUACAUACGAGACAUCUGUAUCUACGGAGUGGAAGACCUACCAUGGAUCAUCAGCAUGGACAGCAUGUUUGCCAAUAAGUUUGAGAGUAAUACCUUUCCUGAGGCACUAGACUGUUUGGAGCAGUGGCACAGAAACAAGGUUAUCAACCAGGCUACUGUUCCCAUAGAACCGUCAUGGCUACUGGCCAUACACAGCAACUACAGCAACAGCAGCAGCUACUUUAACAGCAGUGCUGGAGAAUGAAAUCACUACAAACAUGCAGUCUAUAUCUAGUUGAGCUUAUUUGCACUUGUCUUGUGUUGUUAUGUCAUAAUAUGAGCAUAGGAAAGCAAAACCAAGGAAGACAAAAUGCAUUCAAUAUGCAUUUCAAGACCAUGUGUGUAUACUAAUAUAUUUAUCUAUGAAACUUUAUCAGUGCUGUCCUUUUUUCUAAAUACAGAAAUAAAAUAUGAAAUAAAUUCUGUCCAUAAAGCAAAAAUAAUGACUAAAGCUUGGAUGAAACGACACUACCAAAGAAAUGUUAUUCAGUAUGACAUUCAGUUUGAAAAACACAACUGCUGAUAAAGGUGUUGACCCUUUCUCUUAUUUAAGAAGUAACAGGUGUAAACAAAUAAAAGCAAUUGUGAUAACGAGUCCUAACUUUCACAUGAUCUUGCGCAUGCUGUCAGUGUGUCUGAACAAUACCCGAGUAAACAGUGUUUUACCUUUUUAAAAAGGUUUCUUUUAUAUAGGCUACAGAAUUUUCUAGUAAGUCAAGCUAGACUAAAGACAUUUGGUUAUGUGAAUGGCAUUUUUACUGGCAGAUCAAUUUAUGCAAUGACUCCUUGCAAAAAUAUUUUUUUUAAAAAAACAACAAAAUUUCUUAAAAAGGACAAAAAGUGUGUUCGGUAAACAGCAGCAUGCAAGUAGAGUUCAAAUAUGAACCCACAAAAGAAAAAGAAAAAAGAGAGAUAAAUGCU